ACAAUUACCCACUCCCUUUCUAGAAAUGGAAUGCUCUCUCAUUUUCAAUGUUCCCACCAAUAGGAUGGGAUUCUCUUCUUUCUUCACCUGGUUCCUUCUCGUCUUCUUUGUCUUCUCUUUCGAUGUUGUACAAAGUUUCACGGGGACAUAUGGAGUAAACUAUGGCAGGAUAGCCAACAAUUUACCAUCACCUCAUAGUGUCGUUACACUUCUCAAAGCAGCAAAGAUAAAAAACAUCAGGAUCUAUGAUGCCAAUCACGACGUCCUCACCGCCUUCAAAGGUUCCGGUAUCGAAAUAAUUGUCGGACUUGGGAAUGAGUUUCUGAAAGACAUCAGUGUGGAAGAGGAUCGUGCUAUGAAUUGGAUUAAAGAAAAUGUGCAGCCAUUCCUUCCAGGGACUCGAAUUCGCGGAAUAGCAGUCGGGAAUGAGAUCUUGGGAGGUACGGAUAUGGAACUCUGGGAGGUUCUACUUCCUGCGGCCAAGAACGUUUACAGUGCCCUCCAAAGGUUGGAUUUGGCCAAAACUGUGGAAGUCUCAAGUCCACACUCUGAGGCUGUAUUUGCCAACUCUUUCCCACCAUCUUCAUGCGUUUUCAGGGAAGAUGUUGCUCAAUUCAUGAAGCCACUUUUGCAAUUCUUCUGGCAAAUUGGUACUCCUUUUUAUAUUAAUGCAUAUCCAUUCUUGGCCUAUAAGAGUGAUCCUGAUCAUAUUGACAUUAACUAUGCCCUGUUUAAGAAAAACCCUGGGGUUUAUGAUGCCAAGACUAAUCUGCAUUAUGAUAACAUGUUUGAUGCCCAAGUUGAUGCGGCUUAUGCUGCUUUGGAAAAGGCUGGUUUUGAGAAAAUGGAUGUUAUAGUUUCUGAAACUGGUUGGGCAUCUCAUGGUGAUGAGAAUGAAGCUGGAGCUACAACCAAAAAUGCAAGGACUUAUAAUUACAAUCUGCAUAAAAAGCUAAUAAAAAAGAAGGGGACACCUUAUAGGCCAAAGAAGCCAGUGAAGGCUUAUGUGUUUGCUUUGUUCAAUGAGAAUUUGAAACCUGGACCAACCUCUGAGAGGAACUUUGGAUUGUUCAAAGCUGAUGGAAGUAUUGCUUAUGACAUUGGAUUUACCGGGUUGGUUGCUUCUGCAGCAGAUUCAUUGCUUCUUUCUUUCAAGGAUAUUGGAAUUCGAGGCUGGUUUAGGAUCUCAUAUUCAUGGGUUUUUACAAGUUGCUUUGCGGUUCUUAUGCUUCUCAAUGAAAGAUUAUGAUCUGCUAGAAGUUUGUGAUGAGCUAUCUUACUCCUGCAUGUUCCUAUUUAUGUGUGUAUAAAUUGAAGCUGACAGACUUUAGGAAAAGUGUUUCUGGGUCCUUGAUUUGAUUUACAAACAGUAACUGUAAAUUCUCCUUGUAUAGCUGAUUGAUUUUCUAUAUUUUUCUAUAA